AUGCGGAACCCUUUCGAACUGGACUACGAUAGCGUGGACGGGGAUUCGGAGCCCGCGGGUGAUUUUGAGCUCUCUGAAGAACAUCCUCCCCACGAGGGGCGUCCUCGACGUCCCAGUCUCGAUUAUCGACCAAAGCAGCAGGACGAUGGAGACCGCUCUCUGCUGCAGAACGAGGAUAAGGUUCCUGGUGAUCUGAAGAACCGAUUCAUUGGUACCAUUGACCAGGGUACGACGAGUACUCGAUUCAUCAUUUUCGACUGCACAGGCGUCCCGGUCGCCAAGUAUCAAACCGAGUUCCGUCAGAUUCACGAGCACCCAGGAUGGCACGAACAAGACCCCUACGAAUUGGUCGAGUCGGUCUACAUUUGUAUGGAAGAAGCCAUGAAAUCGUUCCUUGCCGCUGGUCACGACGCAUCCGACAUCGAAGCCGUUGGCAUCACCAGUCAAAGAGAGACCGCCUUGGUUUGGGACUGGGAGACGGGCGAACCCCUACACAACGCUAUCACGUGGACCGACACCCGCACUGUCAACCUGGUGCGUGAACUCAAGGCCAAGCCCGGCGCGGAUGAACUCGCCAAUAUUUGCGGUCUCCCUCUCUCUACAUACCCGUCCUCGGUUACACUACGAUGGAUGCUCGACAAUCUCCCCGACGUCAAGUCCGCAUACGAUGACGGUCGGGCUGCAUUCGGAACCGUCGAUUCCUGGCUCAUUUACAACCUCAACGGUGGCCCUCAGAACAAGCGUCUGGUUACUGAUGUGACCAAUGCCUCGCGGACUAUGUUCAUGAACCUCGAAACCCUCAAAUACGACGAUCGGUUGUUGAAAUUCUUCGACAUUGACAAGACCAAGAUCCGUCUCCCAGAAAUUCUUCCCUCGGCUGACCCCGAGGGCUUCGGUCGGAUCGUUGAGGGCCCCUUGGAUGGUGUUCGCAUCACCAGUUGUUUAGGUGACCAGGCUUCAGCGUUGGUCGGCCAUUGUGCAUUCACUCCUGGAAUGGCCAAGAACACAUAUGGCACUGGUUGCUUCCUUCUCUACAAUGUGGGCGAAAAGCCUGUCAUCUCAAAACACGGCUUGCUAGGCACUGUCGGUUUCCAACUGGGUCGGGAUCGCAAACCCGUCUAUGCACUGGAAGGCAGUGUGGCUGUGGCGGGUAGUGGUGUGUCUUUCUUAAUGAACAACCUCGGCUUUUUCCGUGACUCGCGCAAAGUCAGUGAUUUGGCCGCCAGUGUACCUGAUAAUGGAGGCUGCAUUUUCGUUACAGCGUUCAGUGGUCUCUUUGCUCCUUACUGGAUCGAUGAUGCCCAAGGAACAAUCUGGGGUAUCACCGCCCACACACAAAAAGGGCACAUUGCCCGUGCAACCAUGGAAGCAGCCUGUUUCCAAACAAAAGCUAUCCUCGAUGCCAUGGCAAUGGACAGUGGCAAGAGUCUGACGGAAUUGGCCGUCGAUGGCGGCAUGAGUAAUUCCGACGUUUGCAUGCAGACCCAAGCCGAUAUCAUUCAGAUCCCCGUCGAGCGCCCCUCAAUGCACGAAACCACUGCCCUCGGAGCCGCGAUCGCCGCCGGCUUCGCCGUGGACAUUUGGAAAGACUUCUCUGAACUUAAGCACAUGAACCGCGCCAAUCGGGCUUCCUUCACCCCCCAAAUGACCCCCAAAGCCAGCGGGCGCAUGUAUAAAAAGUGGUCCAAGGCCGUCGAAAUGUCCCGCGGUUGGAUGAACGACGAAGACCGCAUGGAACACGACGAUGACGAAUAA